AUGGUCGGGCCAACACAACCAGCACCCACAUUUCAAGGCCCGAAACUUGAGCGACCCAAAAUAGAUGUCGGUGUGUCCAUUGAAGACUGGAAUGUGUUCGUCCGGCGAUGGGAGGUUUUUCGAACCGGAUCUGGGAUCAAUGAUACAUCGGUCUCAUACCAAUUAUUUCAGUGUGCCGGGACCGACCUAGGUGAUAGCCUCCUAAAAGCAAACUCCAAUGCAGCCUCCGGUACCCUCAAAGAACUGCUUACCGCCAUGUGUUCCUUGGCAGUCAUUCCUGUUGCCACCUGUGUAUCACGGACUGAACUUCUUCAACUACGUCAAGAAAGGGAUGAGGCUUUUCGCACAUUUACAGCCAGGGUGCGAGGGAAAGCCGAGACGUUUGCCUUUACAGCAGAAUGUGAGUGUGGUAAGGGCGUCGACUACACAGAUAAUGUCAUCCGUGACGAUCUUUUAAAUCACCUAUCAGACCCAGACAUUCGCCGUGAAAUCCUGGGGACGCCCGACAUCCUCAAAAAACCAGUCAAUGAUGUGAUUGCCCUUGUUGAAAACGAGGAGAUGGCCCGCAAUGCCCUCCCAUCAUCAACCCUGUCUGCUGUGUUGUCGUUUCAGCGCCAAAAGAACCCGACGACAACCACCGCCACCUCCCCGUCCCAAGUGGAUCAAACGAAGGAGGGAACAUGCCCAGACUGCAAGCACACCUUUAAAGUCGGGCAUUACCAUGCAUGGAGGGGCCAUCUAUCGAGAUGCACGUCGACGCGACCGCCACUCCAAAGGCUUGCCAUACACCAGCCAACAUACCCCUACACUGGCAGCAGCAAGUGCAUGACGUCCUCCUUGGAGACGACGCCCUUGGUGUCAUUGAGCGUGUGCCUUAUGGCGAACCCGUGA